UGCGCGUUUCAGUCGACAGCGAGUCGCGCUAUAGCCACGGUCGGUCCUGCCAGCCUGCUGCACUUAGCUUCCACCCUCUCUCUAUCCAUCUAUCUUCCUUCUACUGCCGGCAGAGAGAGAAAGAGAGAGCGAGCGAACCCCAGCAGGACGAUCGUCACGGUUUUAGGGGCGCGCACGUAUACGGCGGGAGUUUUGAAUUUUAUCACUGCCUGUUCCGAUAAGACAGAUAGAUAAGAUUAGAAUUAUACUCGAGGAAUUAAUUUUCGGCAAUCGUAAUUAGUCGUAACGAUGGAGAAAACGGUCGGCUUAGCUUCGGUUUUCGUGGUGUUUUUCAGUUGUUUUGUGGUGGUUACUCCUGCUGCUAAUAAUGCCAUGUUUCACCGAUCCUAUGGAGAUGACUACUAUGAUAUUUUAGGAACGUUAUAUCUUUCUCAGUAUGGAUACCUGGGACCAAUAAAAACGAAUUCUAGUCAACUACUGGAUGAAAAUGCCUUCAAAAAGGCGGUUGAAGACUUCCAAAGCUUUGCAGGUUUGUCUGUGACCGGUGAAUUAGAUGAAACAACGUUAAAAACGAUGGAACUACCUCGGUGUGGUGUGAAAGAUAAAGUUGGAACAGGAGAUAACAGAGCUAAAAGAUACGCGUUACAAGGAAGCAGAUGGAAAGUGAAGAACUUAAGCUACAAAAUUGCCAAGUACCCGCCUAAGCUGAAACGAGCCGACGUAGAUGCGGAAAUCCAGAGGGCCUUUAACGUCUGGACCGGAUAUACCGACUUGACUUUCACGCCCAAAACCGGACAAGUUCACAUUGAGAUCAGGUUCGAAAGUGGUGAACAUGGCGACGGCGAUCCAUUUGACGGACCCGGUGGUACCCUGGCUCAUGCGUAUUUUCCCCCUCCGGAGACACAUUACUUAACAGCCUCACAGCACAUGUACAGUCUCGGUGUCGGUGUCAAUCGUCAGUACAAUCCAUGGUACACUCCAUUCACGAACUGGUAUACCCCUCAUACGCCAAGCUACAACCCUGGAAAAGUUUUUGGAGGAGAUGCUCAUUUUGACGCAACCGAAAGUUGGUCGAUUAACAGCUACCGAGGCACGAAUCUUUUUCAAGUAGCUGCACACGAAUUCGGCCACUCUUUAGGUCUAAGUCAUUCCGAUGUGAGGGAAGCACUUAUGGCCCCUUUCUAUAGGGGAUACGAUCCACUUUUUAGUUUGGAUCAGGACGAUAUCGACGGUAUCCAAGCAUUGUAUGGAAAGAAAACGAAAACCGCUGCAAAACCACCUAGCGAUGAAGAACCUGUAGAUGAAAGUCAGCAUACACCAAAAACUGUAAAGCCAGUGUCAGCAGGUAGCAGCAGUUUAUGUUCAGAUCCGAAAUUCGACACGAUUUUUAAUUCGGCGGAAGGAUAUACUUUCAUAUUUAAGGGAGAGAAAUACUGGAGACUGACAGAGGAAAGUGUGGCUGCUGGCUAUCCAAAAUUAAUUAGCGAAGGAUGGCCAGGCUUGCCUGGAAACAUUGACGCCGCCUUUACCUACAAGAAUGGAAAAACUUACUUCUUUAAAGGAUCCAAAUACUGGAGAUAUAAGGGUAGAAAAGUUGAUGGGGAUUAUCCUAAAGAAAUCUCUGAAGGUUUUACUGGUAUUCCCAAUAAUAUCGACACAGCAAUGGUUUGGAGCGGUAAUGGAAAAAUUUACUUCUUCAAAGGCAGUAAAUUCUACAGGUUUGACCCUACCCAGAAACCGCCAGUUCCAAAGAGUUUUCCAAAACUAGUUUCAAAUUGGGAAGGUGUUCCAGACAAUUUGGACGCAGCUUUCCAAUGGACGAACGGAUAUACGUACUUUUAUAAGGAUGGAGCUUAUUAUAGGUUUAACGAUAGGGCAUUUGCAGUGGACGUAACAACUCCUGCCUUCCCAAGGUCGACCGCCUAUUGGUGGUUCGGUUGCCAGGAUGCCCCUUCGGGAACUGUCGGAAGCAGUGAGUCGAGGGGCUGGUUGGUUGAUGGAGGGAGCGAUAGCGAUACCCUAUCAGACGAUCAAAAUAAUUUUGAUAUAGAUGCAGUAGAGGACCAUCAUGGUGAUGCAUCUGGUGAUACCCCUCUUACAAAUGAAGAUGGAAGUAGUGAGAACAGUGGUAUUUCGACAGUGGCUACGUCAUCGGUUUUAGCAAUAGUGACGGCGUUAGUGACCUAUUUAAUAGCUAAUGUGUAAUAAAAAAUUACAAAGUUACUACUUCGUUUUAUAAACGAGGUAAAACUGUGACUGAAAGACAUUUUUAAACAAUUCUGUGUGAUUUCGAGAUGUUUUCGAAAACUAUUAUUA